AUGGAGACGGCCCAGAAGCGCAUGAACGGGGAGGAUGUUUACGGUCACAAGAUCACUGUGAACUUCGCAAAAAAUGUGCCCGCCUCCGCAUCUCCCGGUUACUCCGCUUCCUUCAAUGAUUCUGCCUUCUCCUCUCCUUCACAGAACAAUGUGUUUUCAAGAAGUCGAAUCCAGAGUACUCCGGGGCCGGGACGAAUCCUUCCAAAGAGAUAUCCUCCCGGGAACUUGAGCGAGAGUCAAAGAUUCUGGCAGUUCACCUCUAGUCCCAACAGCAAUGGUUGGCAUGGCGAAUGGGUGGAUCAGUUGGGAAUGAAGCAGUGGCGUCCAUCUCCAUCUCACCCUGCGAACCCCAGGCUCAAUGAAUCCUUCCACGGAUUUGGAAGCACUCCAGAUUACUCCAGGGCUAAUCUCUCUGUGCAAGAGACCCCCAGAGCAAGAUUGUUUGAGAACUCGUAUCUCCGUAGUCCAGAAACAAUUUCGGAAUGGAGGCCAACUUGGAAUGACGAUGGAAAGUCUUCAUCUUCCACACGAGUCUUCCUCAACCAGACAAUCAGUGGCUCUUCUAAUAUAGGGAUUGGGAGCAUACAAGAAGAGAAAGUGGGGGUUCCAGUUUCUGUGGGUCUCCAAGGAAGGGAAGGCACCAUAGCAGUGGAGAUGGAGACCAAAAUGGGGGGAAUUGAUGGGAAUUGGUCAGCAAUUGUUGGGCUGGGUUCCAUGAGUGAAGCCCAAUAUGCAAUCUCCCAGCUGCAGCGAAUUCGUGUUGGUUCAAAGAAGCUCCAAAUCUCAUUCAUGCAUAAGCGAGGCUCUUCAACCUCCCCCUCAGCCAUUCGGUGGGCAAUCCAGUCCCUACUGUCAGAAGUACCUGGAGGGCAGCUUCAGCUUUUUCGCUUCAAUGAGUUAUAUGAACGGCGCUAUAAUCAUACCAUCAGCAUGGCUGAGCUCUCCCGUCAUCGGGAUCUAAUUUCCAUUGUGGAAGAUGGAAAUGGUCGAAUGGUUUGCUUGAAUCCUCCAUACCUCUACACUUCUGUAGAUGUCAUGGUAAUCUCAAACCAUAAUCACGAGUUUGAGAGUGAUAAGGAGGAAAAAACUGAGGGAGAGGAGGAAAGCCCAUAUUGUCGUCGCCAUCACCACACUCAAUUGGCUCAUGAUGGGAAGUUGAAAGGUUGGGCUGAACAGGAGUCCAUCUGUACUCCUCCAUCUGUUCGAGUAGGUCUGAAGACACUUGCACCUCGCAUCCAUUCACUUCUACAGACUCACAAUGGGAAACUUCCUUUGGCCAGCCUGGCUCACUGUUACAAGGCAGAAUUUGAAGCACUGGAAGAGGAUGAGUUGGGCAUUCCAUUAGAGCAACUAAUCACAUGUAUUCCAGGAGUUCAGGUAGUACAGAAGUCACCAUCUUCUUACAAACAAGUUCAGUGGAUGGAAAACCGCUCUCCCAUCCCUGAAGAUGAUGGGGGAGAGGAAAGCAAUGAACCCCUGCUUGGACAGUUAUCCCUAUUCAGCAGGGAAGUGAUGGAUCUGUUAAAAACAUUCCCUCGCUGUCAGCUGCAGUUCUCAAAGUUCAUUCCUGCAUAUCAUCAUCAUUUUGGACGUCAGUGUCGAGUUGCUGAUUAUGGGUUCACCAAGCUCAUGGAAUUGUUUGAAGCCAUUCCAAAUGUGGUUCUGAAUUCGUGCCACCAACAGGUGCUCGGAGAGGGAACCCGUAGAAUUGUUACCUUGUCACAUCAAGCCCAAAUGAAGCGCUUCACAGCUGAUAUUCUGAAAGUCCUUCGAUCUCAACCUUCCAAAGAAGCCAGCAUAUCUAUCCUCCCUAAUAUCUUUGAGAAGGUUCAUGGAAAGCCCUUGGAUAUCUUGGAGUAUGGGCUAUGUGAGCUGGAGGAUGCUCUGCCAAACCUCUCAGAUAAUUUACUUAUUAUGCAGCAUGUUGGUGAAGAUUUGAUUCUUUCAAUACCAAAGAGGGAACAGACACCAGAAGAAUUAGAAAGAAUGCAGCAGUUUGCUGUUGAGGCGGUAGAACUCCUGAGGUAUCUACCCCGGUAUCAGCUAGCUUUCCUGAAGUUCAUUCCUGCAUACCACUGCCACUUUGGGAGACAGUGUCGUGUAGCUGAUUAUGGAUUUUCCAAACUUCAAGAACUGUUUGAAGCUCUACCUGAUGUCAUUGAGGUGUAUGAGAAUUGUGACAUGGAGAAGAUGAUCCAGCUAACCAAGAAGGAACGACUACGUGUUGUCAGUGAUCAAGUGCUACGUUUGGUCCAGAAUUCUGCCAAGAAAGCCAUCCUGCUUGCAGAUUUACCUGAUCUGUUUUUGGAAGCCUAUGGAUAUUCCCUUGAUCCCCAGCUUUUUGGAGCAGAGAGCUUGGAUGACCUCCUUGCCAAGAUCCGUCAUGCUGUGGUGGAGACCCGAGCAGGUCCAUUGUUGAUCCGGGUUGACCAGGGUCCCAUUCAUCUCUUGUCAUUGAGAGUAAGACGUCUUCUCAUGCAGACGUUGGAGGGAAGAAUGAGUAUUCCUGAAUUCAUGGAAGCUUACCUGGCUCGUUACAAGAGACCUUGUUCCAUGGAACUGGUUCGUCAGAACCUUGAAGAUGUUGUUGAAGUUGAAGGAGAUGACAAAACAGGCACCAUCAGCUUGGUUCCAUUGCAGUGCUUUGCUCGAGAUGUCCUGAUACUCCUUCAGGAGAUAGGAGGUCGAAUGCCUCUCCAUGCCUUCGAGAGUGCAUAUCUGGAACGAUUUGGUGUACCAUGUCGACCUGCACAGUAUGGCCACCCCAGUAUCUCUUGCCUUGUUCAUGCAAUUCCAGAUAUUGUCUUCAUGCGGGGGCGAGGAACCAAAUCCACUCUCUACAUCAACCGGGAAAAUGCUGGUAUGGACAUUGAGACUGUAGGUGGCACUGGAAAGGAGUCAGGAGGAAGUGAAUUGUCCUCUCCAUCCAAGUUUGUUAUCCCUCCAAAGGUCCCUCCUCACUGGAUGAUUGAAUCAAGGACACAAACUGGAAGCCCAAAAGCUGUUUUGACCUACCAGCGACCCCCAUCUCCAUCAGAACUCCCAAUGCCACAAGGCACUCUUACUUCAAUGCAGAAUGAGGUGUCCCAACCUGAAGCCUCUGAAGACAGUCUUCCUGAACCUGAAUCUCGUCGUAGGAAGGAAAUGGCAAGUGCCAAACAAGUUGAAUGUGCCUUAUCUGCGGUUGGAGAUGCAACUGUUGGGAAAUCCCUUGGUGGAUUUGCGAAGGUUUUGAGUCUGAUCCCCCGUCAGGCUGGACGAACCGACCUGAAAAAUUUCCUCGAGGCAUUGUCAGAGGCCUGCAAAAAGCAGGAAAUGGAUAUCCCGUCACACUGGACGUGGCCGCACAAGCUGCUCCGAUGCAAGGAUUUCCUCACUCCGGAACAAGAGGGUAAAGUCCUGAAGGCUUUGGCUCAAUUUGCAACAGCAGCGCUGGAGUGCUGUGGGAUGCUCCCUGGAAAAUCAUCUGCAUCCUCCGUGGUGGAAGGCGCGAUGUACAUUCUGGAUGCGUGCUGCGAGGCGGACUCGUCCCUGCUCCUUGCAUCCGGCUUCCGCGUCCGGCAGACCUGGCUCGCCCUCAACGGGAACGGGAAGCUCGGGCGAGCCAUCCUCCCUUUCUUCCUCUUCUUCUCCCAUAACAGGAAUGUGUUCCAGAAGGAGUACAAGGAGGCAUGCAGCCAUCUUUUUCCAUCAGGAUUCCGUGCUCAGUACACGGAUGUCCUCUUUGCUACUGAUUUCUUACUUAUCCACUUGGGAAACCCUGAAGCCUGCAGGGAUAUCAUGCUGGACCACCCAGCUGCAAUGUGGUUGUUGGCUUCAUGGCAUUCCAAGGCCCUCUCCUCACUUCUUUCUCCCCUGAUUCCCAUCCUAUUGGAGACAAUUCGGGAUCCCUGGGGUCUCUACCAGCGGAUCUGGGAUCUUCCCUUAGUGUCAGGGCUUUUGCUGAUAGACCAGGCCAAGAAACUCUUAGCACAAGAUCCUUCAUACUCUGAGGACAUCAGUGCUGUUCUUGUCGACCUGUCCAAGAAAUAUGAAGCAUGGGGGUUGAAUGAAAUGCUCAACAUCAAUGCUGCUCUUCAGAUGCCAGAGGAAAAGCAUUCUGAAUUCUUUACUGAGCUGUUGCCACUAAUGGGUUUUCCAAGAGUGGAGCAGGCUUGUGAAGUUGUUCCACCACUUCUGCACAUUUGCAUGGACUCUAUGGUAAAGUGCAAGAGUGUGCUAGGACGAGAAGAUCUCUGCCAAUGGCUGAUUGGCACUCUGAAACGCACAGCCCUCGUCUUUCCAUCCUCCUCGUACAAGAUGGCUCUUUUAGAGUUGAGUCCCAAUUUUGAUUCUUAUGGAAGGGUACUGGAGAAGCAGUUGCCUGUGAUUCUUCAUGUCUUUCCUGCCUUAUAUCCUUGGUGUGGAGGAGCAGUGAGGGAAUUCCUCGUUCCUCCAAUUCGCUGGGAAGGAGAACUUGCCUCUAUCUGUGUGUCCAUUGUGGAGGAGCUCUCUGGCGCUGUUGCAUCCAGGGAGUGUGAAUGGAGUGAAGAAGAAGUUUGUUACUAUUUUGAGGCCCUUGAGAUGGCUUGUUUGGAACUACUUUCAUCUGGUAUCCUCAAUGCAAGAAGUUUCCUUGCUCUCUCUCAAGCUCUAACCAAGUUAUGCUGUCGCACAAGGCAGGAAGUGUUUGGGUCCAAAGCAAUUCUGUGUUUGUCUAAGAUGUUGUCUCACCUGGAGAAGACUCCUGUUGAGUCAGAGAUGGAGAAAAUUGCUGCAUUGCGCAUUCAAGAGUUCCUCACUCUUCUUGCCAUUCCCAGCAUCACACCGAAGAUGGCAGGAUCAGGGGAUCAGCAAUACUGUCUGCGGUGGAAUAGUCACUUAUCGACGUUGCAGAAUGUCUUCGAUCAGCUUCUGACAUGUAAUGCCUUCGUGGAUGUCACUCUGGCUGCCGAUGGACAGACCAUCGGGGCACACAAGGUCAUCCUCUCUGCCUGCAGCCCUUACUUCCAACAAAUUCUCAUGCAGCUUGGUGAUAAACACCCAGUCCUCCUUCUCAAAGAUGUGAAAUUUGAAGAUCUGAAAUGUCUCAUUGACUACAUGUAUCGUGGGGAAGUGAAUGUGAGUCCCAACCAAUUGGAGAGUCUCAUUAAGGUUGCAGAAAGCCUUAGAAUCCGGGGAUUGGCUGAUAACCUGGAUUCAUCCCAAGUCCCCACUUCUGCACCUGCUUCAUAUGAGAGGCAUCAGUCUACACCUCGAUCUCUCUUGGGUUCAUCUGCUCCCUCAAAAAGAACUCAUCAGGAUUCUGAGAGUUUCAGAGAGAAUCCAAAAGUUAGUCUACCAGUAAGAGAAUCCAGUGCAGCUGAAGCUUCCACAUCUUAUGAUGAUGCAUCAGAUCUUGACAAGGUCAAGGACAUGUUAAAGAAGAUUCCAGCCACGGUGACCCCUGUUGGGGCUGUCAGUGAUUCAAGUGAGCCUGAAAAUGAUACUUUGAGUGUGAAGGAAGUCCCACGAGGACUGGAUAAAGUGAAACCUGAGCCAGAUGAAGGGUCUUCUGAUGGCUUUUGGCAGGAAGACAGCAAUUCUGGAACUUCCCCUGAUUACAACAGCUUUGCAAAUUCAGAGAGGGUGAUGGAAAAGGCAGGUCCGAGCUCUGGCAUCCUCCCUUCAUCGGCAUUCUUCAUCCAAAGCAUGUUUAUCCAACCAAAGCAGUCCUACAGGAAAGAAGAAAUUAGCAUGGCACUUGCAGAAUAUGAUAGUGAGGACCUAUUCCCAAAAUGGCGUCAUGUGAAGUGGAGCCAGGACUGCUCCUUUGUUGCUGUUGCAGGGAGCUCAGGAGUAGUUGAGGUUUUCGAUACUGUUGGGUCUUACCUCUACUCUCUAUACCCUCCUGACCAUGAUCACUACUCCACUUCACAGAACUUUCAGCAUUCCCUUGCGGCCAUGUUUUUUGUUGAUAUCCGAUGCAAGAAUUCUCCACAAUGGUCAACUGAGCUUGUAGUGAUCGACUACCGUGGAAACCUUCGCUCCUAUUACCUGUCUCUAAAUCUAACCGAAGGACAUGACUUAAGUCAUGAAUUCUGCUUUGAUUAUAUAUAUCCACAUGGACUCACUCAUGUAGACUAUAUUCCCCAUCAUCAAGUGCUCAUUGCUUCUGGGCCAUCACAGUUUCAGCCUGUUGAGAAGACUCACCUCAUUCACUUUCACAUCAUCUACUUCUCCUUCUGUGAGAGUGUUACCCCACCCCUUCAGGUCAUCAGUGAGGAAGUUUCUGUGAAGAACCCAUUUCCCUUAUUGUUGAAGGACCUGGUGUUUCGAUGUCGUGGAUCUCCUUCUGGAAGGCAUCUUGUGGCCUUACAUGCCAGUGGAAAUAUCUCCAUCUGGCAUCUACCAGCUUUAACAUUCCAAAAGAUGUGGGUACUUUCUGAUCAGCCAGCAGUUGGGAGUGAACCAAAGGGGAAGGAUGAUCUAGCUUUGCAUCCCAUUGAUGUUCAUUGGUGGAAUGAAACAGCAUUGAUUAUAGCAAGGGUGAAUGGGACUGUGACUGUGAGUUCCCUGUUUUCUCUGAGGAAUCUCCUUGGUGACUCCCCAGAAAGACUAGACAGCACCCCUGCAAUCUCUGCCAAGCAUGGCAAAGGAUUUUUGGCCCUAGAGGCUCAAGCAUCCACUUGCAAGAAAGCCACAACUCAGGAAGGAGAAAUGGAAGAGGAUGCUGCUCCAAAGGCACCAGAACAGGAGGAUGAGGAAGGUGUUUUAACGGAAAGCAGUGAAGAUGAGAAGAGGAAUAUUUUGAAACAAGCAAAGGAGUUCAUUCGCUCCUUCAUGUACUGGAUGACAGACAGUGAACGAUUUCAUCCCCUUGUGAAGAAACCACGUCUCAUCUCCAAGACAUAUCGUCUCCUGGGCCUCAUGUCCUCCACUCCACAAGAGCUCUACUUACGAAAGAUGGAUGAAGAAGCAUAUGGAGAAGCAGUAAUGCUUGCCCGCAUGUAUGGCCUUGAUACAGACCUUGUGUAUCAGCAACAGUGGAGGAAGAACCCAGUCACUCAACAUACCAUCCAUGAUUACCUGAGCAAGAUCCAGAAAAGGAAUUGGGUUCUUAAAGAGUGUCUGGAACGAGUACCUGAGGACUUGGAUGCAGCCAAGCAUCUCCUUCAGUUUGGACUACAAGGGACAAGCCUGAAGAUACUGGUAGACAUCAGGAAAGGCAAGGAUGAUGGACGGUUCAAGAUGGCUGAACCUGACAGUGAAACCGAUGAGAGUGAUGAAGAUGAGCAAGAAGGAAGGGAAGCUCAAGAGAAACAUCUUGCCUGCAUUGGUAUAAACAUGCUCACACUGGAGCAGCAACAGCUUAUACUCCAGCGGCGAAAAUUUCUCUCCUACAUUGAUCGACUUGACACAUAUGAGCGAAUUCUGGGAGGUCCUCAUGUGGCUGCUGAACACUAUCAAGCUGAAUUCUACAAAGCAUUUCGGGGUCAGUCUGCAGUUGCAGCCACAGUGGACUUCGCUCACAAAAGUGACUGGAGAGGUGUGGAAGUCAUGUUUACCCUCUUUGGCAAGCAGACUCUUCCACAUCGCCUGGCUAUUCUCUCUCAGUUUCCUGAGACAACUUCUCCCUAUGAAUACAAUGAGGCUCUUGCAUCUGAAGAAGAGGAUAUAAACUGGUUAUACAAUGGAGUUCUGUCUACCUUCAGAGGAGAAAUGCUCACUCCACAAAGUCUGUCUGUUUGGUUCAAGUGGCGAGCACAGGAGAUUGAGAAGCAGUCUCACAUAGCAGAGUAUGCAUCACAUCUUAUCAAGCUCGGCAUCGAGAAGGGCAUUCCUAAUUUGGAGGAGUUCUUGGAUGAUCUGAGCAUCUUGGAGAUGAUAGUGUAUGAAGUGUCUCCUGAUUUCCUCCUGGAUUUGAUGUCAUAUAAGCAAAUGCCUCCUUUGGAUGUCAUGAAUCUUCUCAUGUCCUCUGUAUGGUUCUUCCUAAUAUUUGAGGCUUCAGUAGAUGAACCCCUCCUUCGGUCCAUGCUGGGAGAUGCAAGUCGGCAGGUGGAACUGGCACGUGACCUUAUUUAUGCCUUUUCCAAUUGUGAACUUCUUCCAAUUGCAAGAGCUUUGGUUGAGUUUCUCCUUCCUUACAAACGAAUCAGUUCUCUAGAAAGUGUUUCAAAAUCUAUACUGGAGUGCCUGGAGCUGGAAGUGGAAGCAUCUCAGAUCUUGUAUCUGUACAAAGUGAAAACCCCUCCCCACGAAGUUCAUUCCAUGCGUGAUGAUCCUGUUGCAAUAGGAGAGCUGCUUCUGCGUCUUUCUCGAACAGCAGCAAGACGAGAACCAAGCCUUACUGGAACAGAGUGGAAGAGGCUGUUGAAUGAAAUGCUACAACUGAGGGACACUGUAUUCCUAUGCAUCUCACAUGUUCAAGUUACUGAAAUAUGGGUUCGUAGUUUGUUAUCCUCGGGGGAGCCGGGUAACAUUGCUUUGGCUGGAGAAAUGAUGGAAACAUCUCGUGAACAUUCCAAAUCAAAAUCUUCUCUGCCAUCAUCGACAUCUGGGGCCUCAUCAAGAAAGCUGUCUCUCAUAUAUGGGGGAGGGAGGGGUAGCAGCAAAUCUUCAUACACCAUCCCAUAUUCUCGAAGUGUGGUACUAGUCUUAGAAGCUGCUGUUGAGUACUUUGAUUCCUGUGGAAACUUCACGGAACUGGAAAUGGGAUUGGCUAAGUUAUGUCUCAAGCUGAUUGAGGACCCUGAGCCUGAGAUCCAGGCAGAGUUAGACCUCAUUGCUUCUCUGCCAAUUCUGGGAAACUUCAGGGUUGAAAUCCUGCCUGCUCUAGUGAGGCUGAGGAAUGACAAAAUGACCCUCAUCUCUCAGUGCCUUGAGACCACUCAUGAUGCCUACAAAAAUUCCUCAGAACUUCUCCGUUUGGCUGGAUUACUCUGUCCUGGGGUGAAUAAGGAUGUCACAAAAGGAAGAGUUUUCACCCUCAUUGCUCACCAUGCCUUUAAGGUGGGAGAUCUGGAGUCAUGUGCCUCACGCUGUGAGACUCUGAUGAACCUGGGAUGCAUAGAAUCAUGGAAGGCAUGCAUGGAAUAUGGUCUCUGUCCAGAAGGGGAUAUCUCCAUGAGGAGAAAACUUCUUGGCUUUGCUAUAGCUCACUGUCCUCCUGAAACCCUUUCUCAACUCUUAAGCCUUGGGACUGAAUUGGAAUGUGCUAUGAUCCAUUUGGAUUGUGAGAGGCAGAGCAGCUUGUGGAUAGGAGAAGGAAAUGAAGGAGAGAGAGGAGAAUCCCCUGCCUUAGAGGAGAGAGAGGUGGAAACCAGUUCACCCUUGCAUAUACCUCUACCAUCUUCCAUCACUCAUGCCUUCCAUGGAGCUUCCAAAACUCUCAUCGAUCCCCGAUUCUGGAAGAAGGCCAUCCGAUGGGCCAAGAAAGAAAGUGAGCACCAUAAGAGGGAUCUUGAUGGUACAUCAUCCAGAAGAGAAAACCUAAAUCUGUCGCUUGAGAGCCUGCGUCUUCCAGUCUUCUACCUCUCCUUGCAUCCUGAUUUGCAUCCUAGUGCUUUUCAUCUCCAUUACACAGGGUAUGCAAUGUCCCAUCUAGAAGUCCAGGCUCAGGUUCGAUUUCUUCUUGGGUUGCUGAGGGCAGCCCUCCUUGAGAUCGAUACCGCUCUCAUCACCCAACAGACUUCUUCCACAACUUCUCUUCAAUAUGUCCUGCUAAGACUUGGAAAGAGCAUCCUGCCUGAAGAUGCAGCCUGGGCCUUGUCCAUUCUCCUGACAGUUAAAUCUGCAAUGGCUGUGGAAGAAUCUGUGUUCCAGACCAUGGUCCACACCAAGGCCUCUCUUCAGUUUGCCCAGUACUUCUUUGCACUUCUCCUCCUGCUUUCCAAUGAUAAAACUAAAGGAAAUGGAGUUCAUGAAAUAUUUGCAAAGUCCUCUAUUAGGGCCAUGAAAGAAGCCAAAGAAAUGGGCCAAGCAGGAGUGGCCUUUGAUCUUUUCUGUUCAUAUGAGAAGAAACUGGAAGAUCUUGUCCAAGCACAACUUCUUCAAGGUGUGGCACAGGGUGUAGAUGUGAAUCGCUUUGCUGUUGACCGGGAUUAUAAGGUUGACACUAUUCUUGGCAUGGUCAUGACUCAUAAUGAGGAUGCCUACCAUACAGCAUGGGCCCUAGGGAAAAAGUAUAAUGUUCCUCCUGAAUCCCUGGCUCUAUCUUAUUUGGAAUUCCUCUUCUUGGACUCUGGUUUAAGCAGCCUUCAGAUCAAGCAGGAAUUUGGGGACAAAGAGCUCCUGGACCAUCUGAGGAAAGCCCCAGAUGAAUUUCUAAACAGGAUGGAAACAGGGAUUUGGGGGAGCAUAGAAGGCCAAGAUCUAGAAAGGCUAGAACUGUACUUCUUCCUCUUGGAUUCUGUUUCUGAGAAUGUUCGUAAUUGUCCAGCUACUAUGCAUCUCAAGAACAUCAGGAAGCUCAAGGGCAAAGUUGCAGGUUUAGACUACAAGCUCCUUGUGGAGUACUCAAGCCAUCAGGAAAAGUUGAAGGAGUUAUUGUAUAAACACCUCUCAAGUUCCACAGUUCCCAUCUUCUCCAAAGUCCUCAAGGCUCUGAUUGGAAAUGAAGACAUGGAACCAACUCUGUACUCUAUCUGGGCCAGGAAAUACUUCCUCACAGGAGGGGAGAAGGAGAAGAAGCUGCAGUCAACUGCCGACUGGGUGCAUCUCUUUGAGUCUUGUAAACCCAUGGAAGAGAAGCUUGAUUCAGAGUCUUAUCUGCAGUUUUUGGAAGCCAUUCUGUUUUCAGAAGAGGCACUCUCAGUCCCUCGCUCUGCUCGACUAGAAAUCUCCAGACGUGCCUUGAAGCACGCUAAGCAGCGGACUGCCAAAAUGGAGUAUGAACAGAAGGGCUGGGAUGAUGAUGCCUUAAAGUCCCUGCUUGAUGAGCUCCUCCUCUCUGGAAACCCUGUUACUGUACUACAGGAGUUUCUAGCCUUACUUCCAAGUCAGAGAGGCAUCACUGCUGAUGAUGUUCUUGGUGAAGCCUUUCAGUGGAUCCUUGCAAAUUUCAAGGACAGUUCAGAGGAUUGGAGAAGAUUACAGCACUUCUUGGAGGAGUUGUCCUGGUGGUGGGGAGAGGGAGAGAUGUUCCCAUCUGUUGAUGACAUAUUGGACCAGCUUUGUGCUGCCCUCGAUGAAAGUGCAACUGGCAUAGGAUGUGUUGCACAGAAGGCACGACUCAAGUUCAUAGCCAUGUGCUUACAGAAGCUGAACCUAAGUGGAGAGGAGCAAGAGAGACUAGUUGAGUUGAGGACCAAAACUCUGGUUUCCAAUUGGGUCGGUGUUGAAGGAAAGUUCUCAACUGACAGUUGGGAAGGACGAGAGGAAGUGUUUAAUCAGCUUCUCUCCACCGGCUCAUCCCUAGAGCAACUGGAGAACCUCCGAGAUCUUCUUCUUAGUUGGGAUCAACAUCCUGAACCCAUUUCUGAAGCCAGGUUCUGGACAGAGCUCAUGCGGAAGGCUCUGACUUUCCAAGGCUCAGAGAGCGGACAGAUGGUUUUGGACUUGUGUCUGUGGCUCUUGAAACACAGACAAGAAUUCGCACAAGAUAUCUAUGCAGAGAUGUAUGAACGAUUGCUGGAGAAAGAACUGGACCUAUUUGCCUGGAAAUUGGGUUUGUCCACCCCAGAUGAGGCACUCAAUUCUGCUGCUUUAGACAGCAUCAAUGAUGCAGAUGACUUGAAGAGGAAAGUGGAUGGAGAACUCCUCAGCAUGAUCUCACAGAAUAAAACAUAUCUGGUCGAGUCUUGCCAGACGGGAAUCUUCCCGCUGGUCUUGGAGCAUCUGCUUUCCCAAGGGGAUCCUGUUGCGAUAUCCAAAGCUGCAACAGUACUGCAGGAAGCAGGCUACCAUCCUGAAGCAGCUUCUCUGUCUGUUCAAGCAGCUGGCAUCGCAGCCCCUCUUCAAACUUUUGCCGGUGCCUUAUCCUGGUUAUUCAGAAGGUGAUCUUUGCUGGUGCCCGCUGCGGUCUGUCACUUGAAAUCGUCAGACGUGUUCAUAUCAGAUAUUUUGUGAAUUUACUAUUUAUUUAAUAAUCAGGCACAAGGUUUUCAGUUGGAUUCAUGUUAGGUACUUCGUUUUGAGCCACUUAUUCGAAUAAAUAGUCUAUUCUUGAACGGUG